AUGAUAUUUACAGAUAAUAAAAAUAUUGAACUAUUGAAGUAAGUACCUACUAUUAUGUUUUUUUUAUUAUUUAAAUUUAUAAGAUGAAUUGCGUAAUUUGGUAUAGGGAUGGCUCAGUAUCAUCAUCUUUGAGUCAUACUUCAUCACCACGAUCACAAAAUGGUCAAAAAAUGAAAAGUAAUUUGGAAUAUUAUUUGUAUACUAUACGUGUCCUACAGUGUGAUCCUUAAGGCCCCCAUACACGAUCAAUAUUUGAUUUUAGCAAUAAUAUAGGAACACAUAUAUAGUUAAAAAUAAAUUUUUUUUUUCAUCUCUUAUUCAUCAUAGAUGAAAAAUAACUUUAUUUUCCACUUUUUAAAAUCUUUAAAAUAGUCAGUCAUUUUGUAAAAUAAUUUUUUCUAAAAAUUGUAAUGUAUCAUACAUUCAUAUAUGAUUAAUAGUUUCUUAGUUAUAGUGGGUUUAAUGUAUGAAAAAUGUGCGUAAAAAUAUAUAAAACAAUUAAUAUUCAAUAGAAAAUAAAAAAUUACUGUGCUGAUUGUGAUUCCUUAUUGUGUAACGUAAUAUUCUAUUGAAAAUAAAUUGUUUUCACGCUAAUUUUCUAUAAAUUAAAACGUCCAUUAUAAGAAACUAUUGAUUGGAUAUGAAUGUAUGUUACACUAAAAUGUUUAGAAUAAUAUCUUUUUUAGAAUGACUCUUUUGAAAAUUUUGAAAAGUGAUAAAAAAAAAAUUUAAUUUUUCUCUACACAUUUUUUCCCUUCGCACAAAAUCUGAUAAUAAAAAUGUAAAACAAAAUUAAUAUUGAGAAAAUUAUUAGCCUGAGGAUAACACUGAAGAAAACCCUGUUUACUAUAAAACGAUAUAAUAUUUUGGUUUUUUUAUUCAACAGGUAAUGUACCUGUUCCUCGUCCUCGUUCAACAACAAGUAAAAGAUCUGGGAGUACGUCUGAUUAUAGUAUAAGAAGUAUAUCUGUUAGCAGUCCAAUAUCAACCAAGAGCAGUAUACAAAACAGUAGAUCGGUAACGCCAGAAAGUGUUUCAAUUGAAUUAAGUGAUAGCGAAAUUACUGAUAGUUCAACAAGAAUAAAAUUAUUAAAGUAUAGUAUAAAAUAAUUAAUAAAAUAUUUAUAUAUGUAUGCAAUAUUUAUAAAUAAUUUUUUUUUUACUGAGAAAGAAAAAAAUAGAUAGUAGGUUUUAAGUAGCUUUGGUUUUUUGUACAAAAGAAUGGUGGUUUUUACGAUGAUGUCAAACAUAGGAUUAAGUAUGGUUAGAUCAAGUGGAGAGAAGAAUUAGGUAUGUGUUUUAUUUGACAAGAGAAUUACGAUGAGACUUAAAUGUAAGUUCUACUAGAGUGUAGUGAAACCGACUAUGUUUUAUGGUUCAUAGUGUUGGGUUGUAGAGACAUACGUAGACCUGCAGUAAAUGAGUGUAGGUACCUAGUGAAGAUGAACAUUUUUAGGUAGGUAGGUGGAGUGAUGAGAGAAGAUAAUGAGAGAAAAUAGACUGAGAUGUUCGGGCAUGUGUUGAGGAGAGAGAAAUCGGAGGUCUUAAGAAUGAUAGGUAAUGUAAAUAAACAUCACAAUUUAAUAUGAAGACGGUUGGUAUAUACGAAAGUAAUGUGGAAUUUUAGAAUGAGGGUAGCCGACCCUAAAUAUAUGAGAUGAACUUGAAGGAGAAGAAGCAGAAAAAAAUAGAUAUCUAUUAGUAUUCAUGUAUAUCUAGUAUAUGUAUACUAGAAACUAGAAAAAGUGUUUAAGUAUUAUCUUCAUUUUUAUAUUUAGGAUUAGACUAGGGUUUUUUAAACAACAGUAACUAGUAAGGUAGUGAUGGUUACACGGAUUCUCCACUGCUCACCAUUCAAAUAAAUUUGAGGAACUGGUUACAUGUACUAUUGGACCAAUUUAGUUUCUAUCAGAAACUAUAAUAUAAUUUAUUCAAUUUUAGGAAGGUACCAACUAUUAAAAUGUUAUAAAAUACAAAGCAUUAAAAUUUAAAUACCUAACUACAUUAACUGUAGAAAAUAUCUAUUCAGAGGCGUAUUUACAUGCUUUUGGCGCUCCACAUCAAUAUUUUGGCGAUAAGCAAAAAAAAAAAAAAAGAACUUACUACUUACUUCGGACUAUGGUUAGGACACUAUUUGGAAAGUAGGGAAGGUAGGAUAUGGAAGGAAAUUUAAUUUAUAUCUGUACGCAAUAAUAAACUAUUGUUUACGAAAAACGAUUCAGAGUAAAGUUUCUUUUGAAAGUUUUCAUGUUUUUCUUGCUUUUCUUCCCAAUUUUUAUGAAAACCGCUUGGAAAAUCUAAAAAUAACCUUCCUAAAAAGCCACCCCUACACAAUUUACUUUCAGAAAAGGAACUACAUUUGAAAAUCGGAUCAAUUAUUGGUAGAAAAAUUGUUCACUGAUAAAAAAAAUAAAUAAUUAAACAAACAAUGAAAUAACCAUCAUUGUAAAAUAAAUACGAAUUGAUUAAUAAAAGUGAUUUGGUGAAAGCCUUUUUUAAACGUGGUAGAAUUUUAAAAAUAUUCGAGUCAUUUUUGAGCUAUUUAUAGGCAUUUAAAUUGUGCUAGUUUUUUAUGUAAUCUUUAUUUAGUAGGAACUCUGCAGAUCCAAACAGAAACAAGAAAUUUAGUAGGAAGUUUUUGUAUAAAUUGUACUUGGUGAAUAUUAAAAAAGUUAAGGGUAAUGUAGUUUUGUUAUUUUUUGUUUAAGAAUUUUUAUAUCAAAUUUUAACAAAAAUCAUAAAUAUACGAUUUAGUCCUUCUAAACAACCUUUGCUCCGAAUUAUUUUUCGUUGGCAAUAGUUUAUCGUUGCAUUCGGAUAUAAAUUAAAUUUCCUUCUAUAUUCUACCUUUCCAAAUUCUCACCUACAAUAGUGGUCCACCCGUCAUGCGAAGUAUGUCCGUUUGUUUAUUAUUGUUAGUAGAUAUGGUAAAUAUUUUAGUUCUAAAAUUAUUUAUCAUUUAUGUAUAAUUAAAAUAUUUUAAUUUUAAUUUAUUCUUUGUUAUAUACAUAACAAAUAAAUAAAUAAUAAAUCUUGAUAAAUAAAUGUUAAGAUUUAUAAUUUAAAAUAAAUCAAUCAAUAAUAACUAAACAUCAAAAUUAAAAUGUGUAAUAUAUUAUUUAUUUCUUAUAUUUGUAUACAUUUAUAUUUUAUUAGAAAAAAACUUGAAGAAAACAAUGACACAAACAACAUGGAAUUAUCUACAGUAAAUAAUGAGGUUGAUCCAAAUAUUUUAAAUAAAGAAGCAAAAGGUAUUAGGUAUUUUUUUUGGUUUUAGAAUUAUUUAUGUUUUUUUUUUUUUAUGAAUUAAAUAAUUGUUAAUUAUUUCAAUAUAUAUUUAGAUGAAAGUGAAAAUUAUAAACUACAAAUUUGUAUUUAUCGAACAGAUGUAUUAAAAGUAGAUACAAGAAUAAGACAUCCUAGUGUUAUAAUCUAUAUUAUCAAUACAUCUACAUGGGAAUAUUUAAGAAAAAAUAAUGCAGAUUUAACUAACAAUGAAAACGCUUUUAUUGAUCCAAUUAUAACAAAGGAAUUCGAUUUCAAAUUGCAUAAGUAUUUUAUUUAUUAACAUUAUUAUUUUAUUCACCUAUCUGACUAAUUUAAAAUAAAUAUUUAGAACAAUAAUACCAAAUUGGAAUGAAAAAUUGGUUUUUAAUGAACAAUUUACUCAUAUAAUAACAGAAAAUACAGUAAUCUUAUUUGAGCUCGUAGAUUUUACUGGAAGUAUUCGACCUUCAGUAACAGUAGGGGAUUGGCAUAGAAUUGCUUGGGCAUUUAUAAAGCCAAUUGGUUCAAAUGGAAAUACAAAUACGGAAAAACAAAUUAGACUGCAAUUAUUUAAACCUGGACCAAAACCAAAGAAUCUUCAUUCAACUCAACCAAUGGUAUUAAUAAUAUAAUCAUUUUUAUGUUAGCAAGGAGAUAAAUUGAAACAGUAGAUUUAAGCACCUUGUUAAUAAUUAUUAUUAUUAUGCUUUUAGGUAAUGCAUUGGUUUAAAAAAGGAAUUUUAAAAAAAUAUCCAAGUACUCUUUAUAUUAAUUUAAAUAGAGCAAUAUAUUCUGAAUUAGAUGCUGUAUGUGAUUGCAAUAGACAAGAGCUAAUGUCAACCAAAAGUUAUUCACACAAUGAAAUUAGUUCUAAUUCAGUUUGUUCAAGUCCAGAAGCUUAUAAGGUAUGAUUAUUUUUUUUAUUUUUAAAUCCAGACUCAGAAUCUAAAACAAUUUAAACUAUGGUAGAAAAACAGGAGAUAAAAUUGGGUAGUGUACAAAAGAUUUUAUAACGAAGCAUGAUUUUAUUUUUAAGUUUAUAAUCGCUAACCUAAUCGAUAACUUAUUGUUAAAGUUAAAUGAAUGUAUAGGUAUCAACAUUUUCGGUUUUCAAAUACGUUAAAUAAUAUAGGUUGCUAUUUCAAAAUUAAAAGUUUGUGUUAAUAAUAUUAAAGUCUCUAUGAUAAAAUGUUUAGUACCUAGGGAUAAAUAAUCAAUUUAUUAAUUAAGUUUCCUAAAUAAUAUUAUAAAAACAAUAAAAAAAUAUACAUGCAUAGAUUAAGUAGGUACUAAACACAAUAUAUUAUUACUAUCUAUAUUUUAUAAUCUUAAUGUUUUUAGGAAUAUAAUAUUAAGUGGAAACGUUUUCCUGGUCAAAAAUGUAAAAUACCGAACUCUGAAGUAGUAAAACUUCAACCAAAUUUAGAAGGAUGUAUGUGUUUGAAGUUUAGUUAUGAUGGAUUAAAGUUAGCUGUAGCUACUGGAAAAAAUAUAAAUAUCUAUUCAGUACCAGAAUAUAAAUUACUUAAACAGUUAAUAGGUCAUCAAGGUCAGUAAUUUAUAUGUCAUGGUGUUAUGGUGAUCAUACAUUUUAUAAAACAAAUGUAAAUUUUAAAACUAAAAUAAAUUUAUAUAUCUUUAUAAUGUAAGUUAUUAACAUUUUAACAUAUUUUACUUGUUUUAUUUUAAAUUUUCAUUAUUAUUUUUUUUUUCAAGCUAUUGACCUAAAAAAUGAACCUUUUUAUAUUAUAUGUUUUACAAUAAAUUAAUAUUUCUAUACAGGUUUAGUAUAUACAUUAAGGUGGAGCUCUGAUAAUAAUAAUUUAUUAACAACUUCCUCAGAUUAUACGGCGUGUGUUUGGAUGCUAAAGACGUAUAAUCAAACAGACUUCCAAGUACCUAAGAAUUUAAGUGCAUUAAUAAUGCAAAAUACAUGUAUAAUGUAAUUAUGUUUAGAUUCUUCCACACCCAUCAUAUGUAUAUUGUGCUGAAUAUAAUAAUGCUGUUAUAAUAACUGGGUGUUAUGAUAGUAUAUUACGAUUAUGGACUUCCAAUUUCAAUAAAUGGACUCUGUGUCAAGAAAUGGAAUUGCAUAAAGGUUUUAUAUCUAGUAUUGCUAAUUUAGAAAAUGUAGUACUUUCAGCUGAUAGCCAUGGAUUAAUUAUAGAAUGGACACUCAUAAAUAACAGGUACCUAUCCUAUAAUAAACAAUGAAUAAGAGUAUACCAAUUAAUUAAAUUGAUGAAUUAUAAUGAAAUAUGUACAGCAUCUAUAAAAUUAAAUGUUAUUAUGUAUGAACAUAAUGUUCAUAAUUUUAGGUUAGAAGUUAAAAGAAUUAUUUCAGUACCAGAAAUACGACAAGUAAUAAUUAGCAAUAUAAUUUUACAUCCAGCUGGUAAAAGGUUAUUAAUUCAGACCAGAGAUAGUGUUUUACGUAUGAUGGAUUUACAUACAACGGCAAUUAUACAAUGGUUUAGGGUGAGUUUUAAAUGUUCAAAAGUUGCAUAAAUUAUAAUUAGAUUUAUUGAAUAUGCUGUUUAAGAAAAUAAAACAUUAUAACUUUACAGGGUGGGGUAAACAACAAAGUACAAACAGGUUGUGUAUUAAGUCCAUGUGGUAACCUUGUAUUUGGUUGUGGUGAAGAUGGUCUUGUCAAUGUUUGGGAGGCAUAUACUGCUAAACAAAUAGCAUUUUAUAUAAAUCGACAAAACUUAAUAACAGCUACUAGUGGCGGGGUAGAUUACCACCCUCAUGAUCAUAUCAUUGUAUUUGGAGUCUAUACUCUCAAUAAAAAUUCUCCAGUUUACGUUGCUCAAUAUAAAAAGUAAAUAUAGGUGGAGUAACCUUUUUUAUGUAGGUGCCAAUCUAAUUAUUAUACAAAUUACAAUUUAGAUAUUAUUACAGGGAGAACGAAAAAGAUAUUGGUUUACGAUUUUUAAUUCCAAUAGAGCAUAAACAAAAAGUAUUUAGAAAAAUAAAUUACCAAACAACAGCCUAUGGAUAUUUAGACAAAACAAAAGCAAAAGAAAAUGAAAACCAACGAAUGAUGCCUCUAGUAAAUAUUAUAAAGAAAAUGGAUAGUGUGUUAAAUUCGUUUAAAACAAAUUAA